AAUAUCAUCGACACAUGCUUCUCGUAGCCAUAUCCUUCAAAUUUUCGAAACGUCUUGUUAACAAUAAUGUCUGGAAACAGAUUAGAUGGCAAAAUCGUUAUUAUUACUGGGGGAGCAAGCGGGAUUGGUGCUGAGUCCGCCAUGUUAUUUACAGAACACGGCGCUCGAGUCGUCAUUGUUGACGUACAAGACGAGCUCGGUCAAAACCUUGCCGCUUCGAUCGGAGCGAGCUACUAUCACUGUGAUGUCACCAACGAGACGGAAGUUGAAAACGCCGUUAAGUUCACCAUCGGAAAACACGGGAAGCUUGACGUUCUUUUUAGUAACGCAGGCGUUAUAGAGCCGUUUGCGAGCAUCCUCGACCUAAACCUCGACGAGUUGGACCGAAUUCUCGCUAUUAACCUCCGCGGUGCAGCCGCUUUCAUCAAACACGCGGCACGUGCCAUGGUGGAGAAAGGCACGCGCGGCUCCAUCGUUUGCACUACCAGUGUCGCGGCUGAGAUCUCCGGGACGGCACCACACGGGUACACGGCGUCGAAGCAUGGGCUAUUGGGUUUGAUCAAGUCAGCUUCUGGUGGAUUAGGGCAAUAUGGGAUAAGAGUAAACGGCGUUGCUCCGUUUGGGGUCGCAACACCGUUGGUUUGUAAUGGCUUCAAGAUAGAGCCAGCCGUGGUUGAGGAGAACACGUUAGCGUCGGCGAAUUUGAAGGGCAUUGUGUUGAAAGCUCGCCACGUGGCAGAAGCUGCUCUGUUUUUAGCAUCUGAUGAGUCGGCUUACGUUAGCGGACAGAACCUGGCAGUUGACGGCGGUUACUCGGUGGUUAAGCCGUAGCUAGUACAACUUGGCCACAAAGGUCCCAUGAUGAAAUGUUUCUUUAUAAACAAUUGGGUCAAAAGUUGACUUUGACUUUAAUUGUAGAGAGAGACAUGGGGAUUGAGUUUCUGAAGGUUGCAAAUUUCCUUGAAAUAUGGAUGUUGUAUUUUUAUAUGGAAACAUUCAUUAUCCAACAAAGUGCGCAUCUCGAGGAUCAUUAUAUAAGCAAUUAGCAAAUCUUGUACAAGCUUACUAGACUAACAGUGGGCUAAAAUACUCUGCUCCGAGCUUCUCUGUUUUCAGAUUUAUAUGGCCUCUUUGCUAUUUCAUUUGGAUCUUUUUUUUCU